GACACUCCUCGGAAGGGUUUAGCGCUCCGUUCGGACUGGGCUGGCUGUCACCUAAAGCUGCUCGCCUAAACAAGCGGCCCCAGGGACGGGACCACUUGGCUGGUGGGUGUGGACCCCACGGCUCAGCAAGCCGUUCCCAAUUCUCGACCUGGCGCUUUCGAGGUUCCUUUUCAUCCAACACUGAACUCCCGCCCAAAACACCUCGAGCACGGCGUGCUCGUUGAUCAAGCGCCGGACUACGCGCCAGCUCAUCGUCCUCUUCAGCAUCAUAGACAUUAUUCCAUUUUCAUGACGCCCGUUGCCGGUGUCGGCCCACGGAAAAUGAAGGAGCUGCUUGACACGGACCGGGUCAACUUUCUCGUCUGGAGGUAUCUCCUCGAAUCAAAUUAUCGAGAGACGGCCGCCAAGCUGCAAAAGGAGUGGAGGGUCCACCAACCUCACAGGCAGUUUGACUUCGCCCCCCAUGUCAACACUUAUGCGUUGGUCUCGCUUUUGAAUAAAGGCCUCAUCUACGAAGACUAUCAGAGGCAGUUCGCCGCCGCGGCGCAAAAGACGCCCCGUGAUGUGCCGGCAACGGUCGAGGCGACACCGCGGGGGGUGUUUGGGCCGCUUAAAUUCGAGCCCGAGAUGCCAGGGGCGGAUGACGAUGAGGAAGACGAGGAGUCUGGUCCAGAGCCGGAUCCCGAGGAGGUAGAGAACCCGCGGAAGCGGGCGGUCGAGCGGCAGCAUCAUCGCGAAUUAUCGCAUGGAUCCCCCACAAAAAGACAGCGGCUCAGCAAUGGCUUCGAAAAUGGGGUCGAUACAGCCGCUACACCAAUGGAAAUCGACCACCCACCGGAGAGCAACCACGCUUAUCCGUCACCGCUCGAAGGCGAGCAAAUCGACACCCCGCUCAUACGCACCGAGGGCCCGUCGCGGGGCACGCAGGUCGAAAAGGUGCGCGAUCUCACGCAGGGCACAGUGUUUCUGCGCCUGGGCGCUGAGGAUUCGCCAGAGCCCAGCGAAAACCCUGUCGUGUUGCUCUGCGAGUGGAACCCCCGGGAUCCAUCCAUCUUGGCGACCGCCGGGACAGAUGCGCUAGCCCGUAUUUGGACGCUACCUUGUGAAACCGCCCCAGACGCAGAGGCCAGUCACGUGGAUGCGAAUAGCCGCUCGUUCAUGAGCGUCGUUGACGAGGAUCUGCCCAAGACCGCGGUGAUUUCAGCCAUGGCAUGGAGCUCAAGUGGCGAUCUCAUUGCUCUUGGCACCGAGCUUGGCCCCAAGUCGCGCGUGAGCAUUUGGUCUGUCGACGGAACGAGCGUACACCGCUUUGAUGGCCUCGACUCACCCAUCACCAACCUCUGUUGGAGCCCUAGCAACAGUUUUUUGCUGGCCGUUAGCCCAGAUGUGAGCAAUGGCGUGGCGAAUACCGGUACUUUGAUUCAUAUCUCGUCGCCGAAGAUGGUGAACUCGAUGUCGCAUGUCCUCGACCAUGACCUCCACUCCGACAGCCUCGACGCAACGUGGAUCAGCGAGACCGAAUUUAUUCUGUGCGGUGGUGACCUGCUGGCUUCUUUCCGAUGCACGGAUCAGGGAAUCGUGCAAGGCAAGGAAUUCCAGACAGGCAAGGACGAGCGCUUCACUCUGGUAGAGUUCGAUUGGCGGUCGAAUCUACUUGCGACUGCCAACGAUAAGGGCUACAUUGAUAUCUGGGAUGCGUCUGGCAACCGCCGAUCCAUCCCCGCCCAUGACGGCGGCAUCACCAGCCUCCGGUGGCAACCGUUGCAGGCUGAUCCUGCCGAGGAUGAGCGGUUGCUGGUAUCAGGUGGCGAAGAUGGCGCCAUUCUGGUCUGGAAUGUGCGCAGUGCUGAGAACAAGCCAAAAUACUCGAUUCCCAUGCCACCCUCGCUCGCGGUUAACAAUCUCUCCAUGACUCCGGAUGGGUCACACGUAGCUGUGGCAACACAGGAUAGGAUUCUAGUUUGGAAGGUCGGCGAAAAUACGAUGCCCGAAGCGAGCUGGGCGCUGCAGCCAGGUUGGCAGAGCCCUAACUCUGGUACCGACACGGAAGAUGCAAUGCCAUGCUUAGGAUGGGAUGCCGAGGGCCGACGGCUGGUUUACGGUUCUGAAAAUAAGCUGGCCGUCAUCACUCUCCGGUAGCGAUGCCCUACUAGAAAAACUGCACUCCGCGCCCGUUGUUCCUCGCCCGUUGCAGCCUUCUGCGCUCCCAGCACAUCAUUCGCGCCGUUACUAGUCAUGUUCGGAAUUUGGACGCUCACCGGAUGACUAUCCGCCUGCGACCUGGCGCAGCAGACCUUCUCUCCGAGGACUGACUAACAAUUUGACGAGCCUCUCUGACCGCCGACGCAGUCC